AUGCAAAAGCUCCAUAGAUCAUUAAGUCAAACUAAAAAAUGGGAUAUUAUACAAAAAAAAUAUUUUAAUAUAAAAUUUAAAGAAUUACAACAUAGAAAUUUUGUUGUUCCAACUGUUCGUACAUUACAACGUCAAUUAGCUGCUGGUGUUAAAAAGGCACAAUCUCAAAGAAAUAAAGAUGAUGUAAUUCAUCCAAUUCCUCCAACAUUAGAUGAAAAUUGUCGCGACAAACAAAAUAUUAAACCUGAUUUUUACGAAACAUCAAAUCAAAUUACAUCACAAAGAAAAAAGGUAACAAUUGGAGAGUUAAAAUAA